UUGACAAACUACGAAACGAUGCAUGCUGGAGACCAUAUCAAAAAGAGUUUGAUGAAACUCAUAAGACGGAUAGAAAAAAGGGUAAUAGAAAUGCACGCAUAGCUUACAUAAAUAUGAUAAAAAAUGGUGAUAAAAAACUUGUAUCUUGUACUUUGGAAUAUAUUGAAGGCCUAGAAAAUAAGUUAAUACCGAUGACAAGCUUUGAUAAAUCUCACCAGAAAAGAUUUAUUACUAAUAUAAGGGAUCAAAAAGAUGCCUCAGAAUGGACAUUCACAGAUAAAAAUAAUAUAGAAAUUGAUGUUGUCAAAAUAAUUUGUCAUAGUAUUACUGAGGAAAUGAUAAUGAAUCUAGAAUAUAAUAAUCCCUUAUUAUCAUAUGUGAUUGAUUUUUCAAAUCUACCCAAAGAAAUUAAAGAUGCAUUUGACGAGCUAGCACUAAUUGCAAUGACGGCUCCACCAAUAAAAUUCCAUUGA